CCCCACACGUUCAGCCUGGGAAGCCUGUCCGACCUCUUGGGGCCCCGGGCUCAGGCCCUGCUGGCCUGCCCCACACACUCCCAGGCAUUCCCCCAGUCCCUGGCUGUCUUCCCACUGCUGGGGCAGGGCCUAGUCCAGGACCAUCGGGAUGGACUCCUCCUCAGGCCCCCAGCCCAGGCAUCCCUGGAGCAGGAAGGAGGCCCAGAAGGUCACCAAUGAGGACACUGAGAUGCACAGAGGAGAAGCAGCCCUCCCAGGGUCACCCCGAUGGUGAGUGACAGGGCCAGGGCCCCUGCAGUGUUCACUUGGCCCUGCUUCCCCUUCUGGGCACAGAGAGCCCUUCUAGCUCCUCCUCAGAUGCCCGUUCCUGGUGGCAGCCCUGGACCCUAUGAAGAAGCAGGAAAGCCAGACAGGCCGGGAGCCUGGCCAGGGCCUGGGUGGCAGCUCCCCAGCAGAGCAGGUGAAAGCCCUGGUGGACCUGCUGGCUGGAAGGGGCAGCCAAGGCGUGCAGGCCCUGCAGGGGCCCAGCAGGAUGCCGGACUCUCUGAUGGGGCCCCACGAGUCAAGACUACGAAGGCACCGUGAAGCUCUGCUGAGCAGGGCAGCAGGUGGCCCCCCACCCAGGCCGGGCAGUCUCUUGCUGGUGGAGGGCCUGACGGACUUGCAGCUGAGGGAACACGACUUUGCACAGGUGGAGGCCACCCGCGGGGCCCAGCGCCCCGCCAGGACCAUUUCCCUAGACAAGCUGUUCCUGCCACUGUCCCGGGUGUCCAUCCCACCCCGUGUCUCCAUCACUGUCGGGGUGGCUGGGGCAGGCAAGACCACGCUGGUGAGGCACUUCGUCCACCUCUGGGCUGGGGGCCAGGUCGGCAAAGAGUUCUCGCUGGUGCUGCCUUUGGCCUUCCGGGACCUCAACACCCACGAGAAGCUCAGUGUGGACAGGCUCAUCCGCUCCACUUUCCCACACAUUGGGGAACGUGCCUUGGCUAUGUCUGCCAGUGUCCUCCUCAUCCUGGAUGGCCUGGACGAGUGCAAGACGCCCCUGGACUUCUCCAACACUAUGGCGUGCACGGACCCCAGGGUGGCGGUGCCGGUGGACCACCUCAUCACCAACAUCAUCCGGGGCAACCUCUUUCCCCAGGUGUCUAUCUGGAUCACCUCCAGGCCCGGGGCUGCCGGCCAGGUCCCUGGCGGCUUGGUGGACCGGAUGACAGAGAUCCGGGGCUUCUCGCAGGAGGAGGUGCGGGAGUGUCUGGAGCAGAUGUCUCCCGGGGACCAGAGCCUGCCUGGCUGGGCCCUGAGCCAGGUGCAGAAUGACCCGGCCCUGUACCUCAUGUGUACGGUCCCAGCUUUCUGCCGGCUCACGGGCACCGUGCUGGGUCAUGUGCGCUGCCGUGGGCUGGCAUCACAGGAGGUGGCACUAUGGCCUCCUAGGACCCUGUGUGAGCUCUACGCUUGGUACUUCAGAAUGGCCCUGGGCAAGGAGGGGCAGGAGAAGGGCAAAACCAGCCCUCGCAUCGAGCAGGUAGCCCAAGGCAGCCGCAAGCUGGUGGGCAGUCUGGGCCGGCUGGCCUUCCAUGGGCUGGUACGGAGGAAGUACGUAUUCUACGAGCAGGACAUGAAGGCGUUUGGUGUGGACCUGCUUCUGUUGCAGGGGGCCCUGUGUGCUUGCUUUUUGAGGCGCGAGGAGACGCUGGCCACAUCGGUGGCCUACUGCUUUGUCCACCUCUCCCUGCAGGAGUUCCUGGCAGCCGCCUACUACCACGGCGCGGCCAGGAGGGCCAUCUUCGACCUCUUCACUGAGAGUGGUGUGUCCUGGCCCCGCCUGGGUUUUCUCACACACUUCAGGGGAGCGACCCAACGGACCAUGCAGGCUGAGGAUGGCAGGCUGGACGUAUUCCUGCGCUUCCUGUCAGGCUUCUUGUCUCCCAGGGUCAAUGCUCUGCUGGCAGGCUCCCUACUGACCCCAGGCGAGCACGAGGGCUCCCGGGCACAGGCAGCUGAGUUCCUGCAGAGCUGCCUGCUGAUCCCUGGUGCCACUGCCGGAGCCCAGGCAGUCAACGUCCUGCGCUGUCUGCACGAGCUGCAGUGCCCAGAGCUGGCCCGUGGUGUUCAGGAGGCCUUGGAGAGCGGCAACCUGGCUGGGCUGAGCGGCCCUGCACACUGUGCUGCACUGGCCUACCUGUUGCAGGUGUCUGAUGCUUGUGCCAAGGAAGCUGACCUGUCCCCAGGCCUCAGCCAGGGUGUCCUGCAGAGUCUGCUGCCACAGCUGCUCUACUGCCGGAGCCUGAGGCUGGACACCAACCAGUUCCAGGAUCCCGUGAUGGAGCUGCUGGGUAGCAUGCUGAGUGGGAAGGACUGCUGUGUCAAGGAGAUGAGCCUGGCUGAGAACCAGAUCAGCAACAAAGGGGCCAAAGCCCUGGCCAGAUCCCUGCUGGUCAACAGAAGUCUAACGGCUCUGGACCUCCACAGUAACUCCAUUGGGCCACAAGGAGCCAAGGCAUUGGCAGAUGCUCUGAAGAUCAAUCGCACUUUGAUUUCCCUCAGCCUCCAGAGCAACAUGAUUGGGGACGACGGCGCCAGAUCCAUGGCUGAGGCCUUGGCCUCCAACAGGACACUCUCUGUGCUACACCUGCAGAACAACACCAUUGGACCCACAGGAGCCCAGCGGAUGGCAGAUGCCCUAAAGCAAAACAGGACCCUGAAGGAGCUCAUGUUCUCCAGCAACAGCAUUGGCGAUGGAGGUGCCAAGGCCCUGGCAGAGGCCCUGAAGGUGAACCAGGGCCUGGAGAGCCUGGACCUGCAGAGCAACUCCAUCAGUGAUGCGGGUGUGGCAGCGCUGACAGGGGCCCUCUGUGCCAACUGCACCCUCCUCCACCUCAGCUUGCGCGAGAAUUCCAUCAGUGUCGAGGGUGCCCAGGCUCUGGCCCACGCACUCUGCACCAACAGCACCCUGGAGAACCUGGACCUGACAGCUAACCUGCUCCACGACCAGGGCGCCCAGGCUAUCGCGGCCGCCAUGGGAGGAAACCGCACCCUCAGGUCCCUACACCUGCAGUGGAACUUCAUCCAGGCUGGUGCUGCCAGGGCCCUGGGCCGAGCUCUGCAGCUCAACAGGAGCUUGACCAGCCUCGAUUUACAGGAAAACAAUCUUGGCGACGAAGGUGCCUCUGCAAUGGCUGGUGCUCUGAAGGUGAACACGGUGCUCACUGCACUCUAUCUCCAGGUGGCCUCCAUUGGUGCUCAGGGGGCCCAGGCCCUAGGGGAGGCCCUGGCCGUGAACACAACCUUGGAGGUCCUCGACUUACGAGGGAACGCUAUUGGGGUGGACGGAGCCAAAGCCCUGGCUAAAGCUCUGAAGGUAAACGCGAGCCUCCGGAGACUGAACCUCCAAGAGAACGCCCUGGGUGUGGACGGAGCCAUAUGCAUGGCCACAGCAUUGUCUGAAAACUGUGGGCUGCGGCAUAUCAACAUCCAAGGCAAUCACAUCGGCGAAUCUGGCGCCAGGAUGAUCUCGGAGGCCAUCAAGAUGAACGCUCCCAUGUGCACAGUGGACAUGUGACCAGAUCCAGUUCUUGGCAGAGGGGGAAAGCUCGUGAACCAUAAGACCAGGUUUCCGGCCAUAUGAGACGAUGCUGACCCAGCAGGAGGCCUGGCCUCCUGAGCAGAGAGAAGAAAGGCACUCCCACAGUGGGAA